AUGAUGUCAAUACGGCAUGUGCUUUGUGUUAUGAGCAUCACACUCUGUUGUGUCUGCAGUUUUGUGUUGGCAGACACUAAUACUGAAGAUACUAUUCUUAAAGUUAAUGUUGAAGGUGGACCUCGCGCAAUUGAAGAAGCUACACCUGUUGGUGGUGUUACUCUGUCUAAAGGAGAACCUGCUCCUUCUGGUGGUAAAGAAGGUGUGGAAACCGAAAUGGAACAAGGUGCAGCUGGCCCACAGGAGCUUUCAGAAAGCCAACGACCACCGGAACGCAGUCCCACUUCUCCAUCUGCUCCUGGUGCUUCUGUUGGUCCUGCU